CUGCCUCUCCGCCUCAGCCAACCCGGGCUGUGCCGAGCUGCUCCCUGCGGGAUCAGAGCGCUCCCCCGCCGGGACCCUUCUCUCACAUCCCCCUGCUGGGACGCGGCUACAUUUCCAGCCAAGCACUGCCUGCCUUGGCUUUAUUAUGUGUGUCUGCACCGCAGCCCCGCCAGCAGAGGCAGGCAGAGGAGGAGGGAGACUGGUAGCCAGAGUCAGGACAAAGAAAAAGCAGGGAGACAGAGGCUAACGAAGGGUUAGACCGCUCCAAAUAUUUGGCUCUUAUUCACACCACAGGACAGGGGCUUUAGGGAAUAAUAAGACAAGAGAAGCGAGUUUGUGGGGGUGGAGAUGCUCCACGUCCGCGCCACCAGAGCACCACUAGCGUAGGAAAGGACGGAGAUCGGAGGGCAGACACGUUGGUCACACACCCCGCAAACCUUCUCACCACCCGGACCGUCACCGAGGUGACGACCACAACUUGUUUCUCCUACAGGUUGUGCGGCGUGUGUGUGUUUUUUUUCCGCUUUUUUCACCCCCCGACUCCAGCGAGCGAAGGUGCCGCAUUGCAACAGGCGAAGAAGCGGCGUCCAAGUGGAGGAGGAGGAGGGCACUUAACCCGCCUGCGCCCGCCUGCAUGGUUAGCUGAAAACACGGAACGGAGCAAAACAGUCGAAAUCAAGCGGCACGGCAGAGAUGUCCAGACGGAAACAAGCCAAACCUCGCUCCGUUAAAGCGCUGGAAGAAGGGGAAGCGUCGGAGUGUGGACGGACCUGGGAUGAAUCGAGCGUCCAGACAGAUGACCCGGCAUCUGACAAAGCCAUCAAGCUUAAAGCGAGCCACGGCGCUGCUACCGAGGAUGGAGAACAAGAGGAACACGGCGACCGUGAAGACGACGAGCUCGACGACGACUCCAUCUUCACGUGCGACAACUGUCAGCAGGACUUCGACUGUCUGGCCGAGCUCACCGAGCACAGAACCAACCACUGUCCAGCAGACGGUGAUGACGAUCCAGCCGGGCUGUCCUGGGUGCCGUCCUCACCCUCCAGUAAGGACGUGGCGUCGCCUUCUCAGAUGCCCGACGGAUGCUGCGACCUGGGCACGGCCACGGGCGGCGAGGAGGAAGGAGGCGCGGGUCUGCCGUACCCGUGUCAGUUCUGCGAUAAGUCCUUCAGCCGGCUGAGCUACCUGAAGCGCCACGAGCAGAUCCACAGUGACAAGCUGCCUUUCAAGUGCACCUUCUGCAGUCGUCUCUUUAAGCACAAGAGGAGCAGAGACCGCCAUGUCAAACUCCACACGGGGGAUAAGAAGUACAGCUGUCAGGAGUGCGAAGCUGCAUUUUCUCGCUCUGAUCAUCUGAAGAUCCAUCUGAAGACACACAGUUCCAGCAAACCGUUUAAGUGCAGCGUGUGCAAACGAGGCUUCUCCUCCACUUCGUCCCUGCAGAGCCACAUGCAGGCUCACCGAAAGAACAGAGAGCACCUUGCGCUGAGAAGCGAGAAGAACGGAGGGAAGAAGGGCGCUGGUGGAGACGUGGACCCGGAACAGGACCUGUACAUGUGUGAUUACUGUGAGGAGACCUUCAGCCAAACGGACGAGCUGGAGAAACACGUCCUCACCCGGCACCCUCAACUGUCCGACCGCGCCGACUUGCAGUGCAUCCACUGUCCCGAGAUCUUUCUGGACGAGGCCUCACUCAUCACCCACAUUGAAACGCAGCAUGCCAACCGCAAGCACAAAUGCCCCGUUUGUUCGGAACAAUUCCCGUCUGUGGAGGACGUCUACUGCCACCUCGACAGCCACCGCCAACCCGACUCGUCCAAUCACAGUGCGGCCAGUCCCGACCCGGCGCUGGGGAGCGUCGCUUCCAUGAGUUCGGCUACUCCAGACUCCAGCGCCAGCCUGGAGAGAGGAUCCACACCUGACUCCACCCUGAAGCCCAGCCAGGGCAGCGAACGAGGCCGCCGGAGAGGCAACGACAGCGGGGAGGAGAUGGCGAUAAGCUUGGGGCAUCCAGGUGGAGGUGGAAGAGGAAGCUGGGGUAAAGUGACAUACUCUUGCCCUUACUGCUCAAAGAGAGACUUCAAUAGCCUGGCUGUGUUGGAGAUCCAUCUAAAGACCAUCCACGCCGACAAGCCACAGCAGAGCCAUACGUGUCAGCUCUGCCUGGACACCUUGCCCACGCUCUACAAUCUCAACGAACAUGUGCGCAAAGCCCACCGUGCCAGCGGAGGAGCCACGAGCCCGGCCGCCGCGGCUUUUCCUCUGCUGCAGUUCACCAACGUCACAGCGUUCCAUUGCAACUACUGUCCGGACAUGUUUGGAGACAUCAACUCACUGCAGGAACAUAUCAGAGUUUCUCACUGUCUACCUGGUGGGAUCAUGGCUGGCUCCACCACGUUAGAAGGGAACCAUGCCUUCUUCUGCAACCAGUGCUCGAUGGGAUUCCUCACCGAGUCUUCGUUGACGGAACAUAUUCAACAGACGCACUGCACGUCAGCCGUGGUGGGCGGGGCUGCGUCUGGUGGAGGUGUGGCCAAACUGGAGUCUCCGGUGCUGCAGUCCGCAUCCCAAUCCUUCAUGGAGGUGUACUCCUGUCCGUACUGCACCAACUCUCCCAUCUUCGGCUCGCUCCUCAAGCUCACCAAACACAUCAAGGAGAACCACAAGAACAUCCCGUUGGCCAACAACAAGAGACAAGCGAAGGUGGCCGACCUCAGCCCCGCCUCUUCUGACGUGGAGAUCUCCUCCCCGAAGCGCCACAGACUGGGAGGGGACUCCACCCCGUCCAUAGGGAGCAACGGGGACUACCCCUGCAACCAGUGCGAUCUGCGAUUCUCCAGCUUCGAGGGUUUCCAGGCGCACCUGAAGUCGCACCUGGAGAUGCUGCUGAGGCGCCAGUCCUGCCCACAGUGCAACAAGGAGGACUUUGAAUCCCAGGAGGCUUUGCUGCAACACCUGACUGUGCACUACACAACCACGUCCACUCAGUACGUGUGCGAGAGCUGCGACAAGCAGUUCUCCUCGGUGGAUGACCUGCAGAAACACCUGCUGGACAUGCACACCUUUGUUCUGUACCAUUGCACACUUUGCCAAGAGGUCUUUGACUCCAAGGUCUCCAUUCAGGUUCAUUUAGCAGUGAAACACAGCAAUGAGAAGAAGCUGUUUCGCUGCACAGCCUGCGCCUGGGACUUCAGGAAGGAGACAGAACUUCAGCUCCACGUUAAGCAUAAUCACCUGGGCCAGAGGUCGGGCCUCCCUGGAGGGCUUGGAGCAGGUCCCAAGCCCAGGAAGUGCAUCUUCUGCGGAGAGACGUUUGGAACGGAAGUGGAGCUCCAAUGUCACAUCACCACUCACAGCAAGAAGUUCACGUGUCGUUUCUGUGGCAAGACUUUCCAUGCAAUCUCGCUGUUGGAGAGACACCUCAGGGAGAAGCACUGCAUCUUCGACGGGGGCAACGUCACCGGCAAUGGCGGCGGCACCGGGAGCAGCAGCAGCCAGAACGGGACACCGAAUGGCCUGACUCAGUCGUCCAAGAGAGGAGGGAACGGCGGCGGUGGCGGCGGCGGAGGUGCGAGCGCCACGGAAAGAACAACGGUGGCGGCGGCGGAGCAGGCCGACCUGCAGAACAUGCUGCUGAAGAACAGCGUCGCCGCGGCGGCAGGCGGGCAGGGCGGCGAUACCGCCAACAGCCACGAAGCCAGCGGCGGCGAGGAGGAGCUGGACAAUUCCGAGCCCAUGUACGCCUGUGACAUCUGCGGAGCCGCCUACACCAUGGAGUCCCUUCUUCAGAACCACCGCCUGCGUGACCAUAACAUCCGGCCAGGAGAUGACGAUGCCGGUUCUCGAAAAAAGAAAGCGGACUUCAUCAAAGGGAACCACAAGUGCAACAUCUGUUCCAGAACGUUCUUUUCUGAGACCGGGCUUCGUGAGCACGCCCAGACGCACCGCGGCCCCGCCAAGCACUACAUGUGUCCGAUAUGUGGCGAACGGUUCCCCUCGUUGUUAACCCUCACAGAACACAAGGUGACCCACAGUAAGAGCCUGGACACAGGAACGUGUCGAAUCUGUAAGAUGCCCCUGCACAGCGAGGAGGAGUUUAUAGAGCACUGCCAGAUGCACCCCGACCUCCGAAACUCCCUGACGGGCUUCCGCUGUGUCGUCUGCAUGCAAACCGUCACUUCGACCCUGGAGCUGAAGAUCCACGGCACUUUCCACAUGCAGAAACUCUCCACCGGUUCCGCUCUUGGAGGAGCCGGAGUGGGAUCUGGGAACGGAGCGGGAAACGGCUCUGCGUCGUCCUCCCCCAACGGGCAGCUGCAGCAGCACAAGCUGUAUAAGUGCGCUUUUUGUCUCAAAGACUUCAAGAACAAAGGCGAGCUGGUCAAGCUGGACGUCAACGGCUUGCCUUACGGCCUCUGUGCCAGCUGCAUGAGCAGGGGCACUAAUGGCCAGAGCCCCAACCAAGGAGGAGCUCUCACACCAGGGGACACGCAGGGGGAAAAACCCGUGUCCGGGCUCAGGUGUCCCGAGUGUGGAGUGAAGUUCGAAAGCCUGGAGGACUUGGAGAGUCACGUCCAGACGGAUCACCCCGAGGUCAGCCCAGAAAGCUCCGCUGGGAAGAAGGCGGAGGCUUCGCCUGCUCCCAAGAAAAAGACCUACCAGUGUAUUAAGUGCCAAAUGACCUUUGAGACUGAGCGGGAGAUCCAGAUUCACGUUGCGAAUCACAUGAUCGAAGAGCCCACCUGUCGGCAAGGUUUGUCCCCUUUCUGUCUCACCCUCUGAGCAAGGCAGCAAGCAUUCCGCUGUCUCACUGCCCGCCCAUCCGCAUCCCAUUAACAGACAUUGAACCCCCCAUAUUUGGUGACUUGUUAUGCACAGAUUAUAGAAUGGUGCACCAACCACACCGCAUGAUGUGGGACGGAGCUUGAACGCCAGGCGUUGCAGGGAGAGCGUACGUCCUCCACGAGAGACAAUGUGUCAUUUAAAGCAUCGACACGUGGAGACGGACGGACGGGCGAUGCUGCACAGACGCCUUAUGGCCACAUUUUGGCACAACGAAUCCUCCACCGUUCACUCCCCCGAUCCCAGCUGCAUGCUUCAUUGUCCCUCCCACUCCAUACGCCCACCCACCCGCACCCUGGCACAGACACACAAGUACGGCGUGUCCACUCACCUGGAUCCAAGCCAGUGAAGAGACACGGCUAACCAUGCGUCUUCCCGAUCUGCGUUACCUGCCUGUUUUCAUUCGCAUAGCCCGCCGGCGUUCUCGAACCACGGCCUGCUCGUGUGCUUUAAUGAACUGAUGCUUUUAGCGAGAUGACACCUUUGACCUUAACCUGAAAACACACGACCUUGGUUUGGGUAAGCCCUCAAUUCAAACAAGCAGGCGGUUUUCUAUUUUUAUUAAGUCCGACUACAAGGAAAGCAAUUUUUAUUCACAAGAAAUCAAGUAAAGCCCUUCGAGACAAACAAAACAUAUGUUAUAUCAAGAAUAAUUAUCACUUAAUUAUCACUAAACAAUGCAAAAUAGUAAUCAUGAUAAUAAUCAUGUUUGCAUUUAUUGAAGAGUCUUGGUGAAGAAACAACUUCUGGCAGGCAGACGCCAUCUUUUUUAUUUUUAUAAAAAAAAAAAUUCUAUUUAAGAAAAAAAAUUCCAUUUUUUUUCCAGACGCCAUCUUCAUAUUUUUUUUUAUGAGGAAUAUAACGUCUUCAUCCUAUUGCUGGUACUCGCAAGCGAGUCACCAACACGUAGCAUACUUCCACGGAAUGAUCCAGUAGAGCAAACAGACUAGAUUCAUUCUAGGGUGGCGGGGGGUGCUGGAGUCUAUCCCAGCUGUCUUCGAACGAGGGGCGAGGUGGCCAGCCAAUCACAGGGCACAUAUAGGCAAACAACCAUUCACACUCACAUUCAUAACUAUGGACAAUUUGGAGUGGCUAAUUAACCUAGCAUGUUUUUGGAAUGUGGGAGGAAACCGGAGUACCCGGAGAAAACCCACGCAUGCACAGGGAGAACAUGCAAACUCCACACAGAGAUGGCCGAGGGUGGAAUUGAACCCUGGUCUCCUAGCUGUGGACCUGCGCACUAACCACUCCGAUCAGUGAAACUCUGCAUCAAAAUCUGGGAAAUGUUAGUCCGGGUUCCCAUCGAUGCUCGAUGCCCAAGCAUAAUUAUAACUUAAAUGCUCCACAUACAACAGUGUUAACCACUCGACCACCGUACAGCCACAGACUCGAUCAUUACAUGCAAUAUUAACCCGAGAUUGUGGACAAAAAAACAAACAAAACGGAAUGUUGGAAAACUCAAGGUGACUACUUUCAACGGGAUGCCACCUUUGACCCCCCACCCACAGCACCCUCAUCUUGUUUUGAGGACGCCGGUUAUUCUCUGCACUCGUCGGCUGUCUAUUUUAGGGCGUCUCUAAGACUGAGACUGGUACUUGUUGGUCCCAGUACAUCACCUUCCUUCUUCCUUUUACAUCCGUGCAUGAACACACGCCACACCGUAUUCUUCCGUGUCCUGAUAGGCAACGUCUGGCCUGCUUACUUUGUGUCGCUGAAGACUUAAUGAGGCGAAUAAGAAGCUUUUAGAGUGAAAGGAGGUGGCUAAUGUGGUGUGUGUGUGUGUGUGUCUUUGCCACUGGAUAGCAACAACGCUGUUUUCUUCUGCCCUGCUGCACCUGAACUAAUAAGCCCCAGACUAAUCUGGCCUUUUUUUUUUCCUCUUGGUGUGUGACUUCACUAAUGCUCAGUACUUAAGAAAACACUUUGGCUCACCCGUCUUAGUAGAAAGUGAUAUCACAACAAGCAUGGGGGAGAUUUCCGAUGUUGCCCUCGCCAGCCAGCGUGUCAAAGCUUACCAAAGUCUUAUGAAGCUGGGAGGGGGAAAAAGGUACUUAAGGAACAUGAAUAAUCCCAUCAUAGGCAUAAGCGUCCAGUCCGAGGGAGUUUGGGGCUCCACAGGAAAUGACUUGUCGUCUCUGUGGGGUCCGUUUAAAUCAGUUGUUGUUUCUGUAAAGAUGGGCUUUAAAAGCUUUUUUAACACACGCUGACCCCCAAUUGCCCUCGCUCUCAAUCUCUGGUUUUAUACCUUUAGAACGCACGCAAAAGAGGAAGGCAUGGGAGUUCAUGUUUACAUGAGGUUUGUACAUGAUGGGCCCAACCGGAAACACGCAGAAUUAACUCGCUAAGUGUGUUGGUGGGUUUUUUUUUUUUUUGGUGCCAAAAAAUACACCCCAGUCUUAGUCUUAGUCUUAGACCGCCAUUCAAGAAGAGGCCAAGCUCUUCUUUUUCCAGCCUAUAUCAUAAAUCCAUGCAUGCAUCCAUCAAUAACCUAACCCUAAUAACCCUAACCCAGUCUUAGUCUUAGUCUUAGUCUUAGUCUUAGUCUUAGUCUUAGACCGCCAUUCAAGAAGAGGCCAAGCUCUUCUUUUUCCAGCCUAUAUCAUAAAUCCAUGCAUGCAUCCAUCAAUAACCUAACCCUAAUAACCCUAACCCAGUCUUAGUCUUAGUCUUAGUCUUAGUCUUAGUCUUAGUCUUAGUCUUAGUCUUAGUCUUAGUCUUAGACCGCCAUUCAAGAAGAGGCCAAGAUCUUCUUUUUCCAGCCUAUAUCAUAAAUCCAUGCAUGCAUCCAUGAAUAACCUAACCCUAAUAACCCUAACCCAGUCUUAGUCUUAGUCUUAGUCUUGGACCGCCAUUCAAGAAGAGGCCAAGAUCUUUUUUUUCCAGCCUAUAUCAUAAAUCCAUGCAUGCAUCCAUCAAUAACUUAACCCUGAUAACCCUAACCCAGUCUUAGUCUUAGUCUUAGUCUUAGUCUUAGUCUUAGUCUUAGACCGCCAUUCAAGAAGAGGCCAAGAUCUUCUUUUUCCAGCCUAUAUCAUAAAUCCAUGCAUGCAUCCAUCAAUAACCUAACCCUAAUAACCCUAACCCAGUCUUAGUCUUAGUCUUAGACCACCAUUCAAGAAGAGGCCAAGCUCUUCUUUUUCCAGCCUAUAUCAUAAAUCCAUGCAUACAUCCAUCAAUGACCUAACCCUAAUAACCCUAACCCUAACCCUAACCCAGUCUUUGUCUUAGUCUUAGUCUUGGACCACCAUUCAAGAAGAGGCCAAGAUCUUUUUUUUCCAGCCUAUAUCAUAAAUCCAUGCAUGCAUCCAUCAAUAACCUAACCCUGAUAACCCUAACCCAGUCUUAGUCUUAGUCUUAGUCUUAGUCUUAGUCUUAGUUCUAGUCCUAGUCCUAGUCUUAGUCUUAGACCGCCAUUCAAGAAGAGGCCAAGCUCUUCUUUUUCCAGCCUAUAUCAUAAAUCCUUUGCACGCAUCCAUCAAUAACCUAACCCUAAUAACCCUAACCCAGUCUUAGUCUUAGUCUUAGUCUUAUUCUUAGUCUUAGUCUUGGACCACCAUUCAAGAAGAGGCCAAGAUCUUCUUUUUCCAGCCUAUAUCAUAAAUCCAUGCAUGCAUCCAUCAAUAACCUAACCCUAAUAACCCUAACCCAGUCUUAGUCUUAGUCUUAGUCUUAGUCUUAGUCUUAGUCUUAGUCUUGGACCACCAUUCAAGAAGAGGCCAAGAUCUUCUUUUUCCAGCCUAUAUCAUAAAUCCAUGCAUGCAUCCAUCAAUAACCUAACCCUAAUAACCCUAACCCAGUCUUAGUCUUAGUCUUAGUCUUAGUCUUAGUCUUAGUCUUAGUCUUAGUCUUAGUCUUAGUCUUGGACCACCAUUCAAGAAGAGGCCAAGAUCUUCUUUUUCCAGCCUAUAUCAUAAAUCCAUGCAUGCAUCCAUCAAUAACCUAACCCUAAUAACCCUAACCCAGUCUUAGUCUUAGUCUUAGUCUUAGUCUUAGUCUUAGACAUCCAUGCCAAUACCAAUACCAACCAAACAGUUAGCAGUUUGGUCCGCAACAUAUCAUAAAAAAUAAUCCCAUUUAAGAGGCUGAAAUCAGAGGAUAUUUCAUGUUUAAAUACGGAAACGCUGAUUUGAAUGCUGAAGUGGUUGCUGGUUCGAUGCCACGUACAGCCAGGUCAUAGAUCAGGCAAGUGGGGAUGGAAAAG